UGACAGUGACAACAACUUUGUUUUGAUUUUGAAUAUUUUGUAAUUUUCAAUACAAUAAAAAAAGCAGCAAUUUUAAAAUAUUGUACACAGACAGGCAACAAAACUCGAACAUUAAACUUAUUCUGUGGUAUAGUAAAAUUGUCAAUUAUUGAAUAUGGCUGAGAAAAAGCCAAAUCCUCUGGACAUAAAUGGACCCAACUUUAAUCCAAAUAUGUAUCUAGACAAACUAUUCAAAGAUUAUACUCUAAAACAAAUCAUGGACCACGAAAAUGAUGUUAUCAAAGACACCCAAACUCUUCAUUCCGAUAUGCAAACCUUAGUAUAUGAAAACUACAAUAAAUUCAUCUCUGCAACAGAUACGAUAAAAAAAAUGAAGAAUGAUUUCAAGAAAAUGGAAACGGAAAUGGAUCUACUGGCUUCCAAUAUGGCUUCGAUUACUUCUUUCUCAGAUCAGAUCAAUUCCACUUUACAGGGAACAAGAGAGAAAAUCAGCAAACUGUCCGGAAUACAUACUCUGCUUCAGAAGUUGCAGUUUCUCUUCAAAUUACCUACCACUCUGAAGGCUAGGAUGGAAGAGAAAAAUUAUUUGCAGGCUACCCAAGAUUAUCUACACGCUCAACGUGUUCUACAACAAUACGGAGACAUGCCUUCGUUCCAAGGCAUCAAAAGCGACUGCGAGUCCAUCUUAAUCGAACUGAAGGCUGAACUACGUAUUCAGUUCUCAAAUUCGAAUGCAUCUGCCAAGGAGUUGGCCGAAUCAGUCGAUCUCUUGCUCCAACUCGAUGAACCUGCUAAGGAGCUCUGCACAGAAUUCUUGUCUUGCGCAGAAAAACGUCUGGGUGAGCAGCUGGUAAUGUUGAAGGACCAGAUCGAGCAGCGGGAUAUUAUUGAGUUUGUCGAUUUGGGGUGCUCAGGGUUUUUGAGCGAUUUGUGUCUUGUCGUGGCUUCGUUCCAUGAUAUGUUCAUCAACAGGGUGUAUACUGAGCACGUGGAAAACAGUGACAUUUUUGAGAAUUUCGCAGCCGUGGAGUUAGAUUCUUUUGUGAAACAGAACAUGACCAAGUAUUUUGAUCUUGUUCAGACCAAAGUUGACUCUGAGCAGGAUGUAGGAGACACAAGCACACUAGUACAAGCUCUAGACAGGUUUUACAGGAGAAUAGAAUCCAAUACUUUGUGCAAAGAUGUGGAUUUUGCAAAUAUUGCUACAGAUAUCGUAAUACACGCAGGAAGGAAGCAGUGCAAAGCACAUCUUCAGAUUCUGAAGAUGCAUUUCGCAGAUACGUUAACCAAAGUGAGGCAAACACUGACCACCCCCAAGCUCAUCACUCAAGAUGAUUCCUCGAAGAAUCUCAACGAACUUCUCAGUUCGCUAAUAAUGACGAUCGUCGAAAAAAUCAAAGGAGUGCUGCAGGAUUUGGUUGUCUUCAUCCAACCCGAUAUCCACUUUGCCCAAAAACCUCAAUUCCGAGACAGUUUCUGCAUCGAUAAUGUCAGGGAAGGGCUCAUAGUCUGCUUCAUGCACCAUUUCACCGCCACCGCAAGAAGUUUUUGUGCUAAAGGAACAGCGGAUCCCAAAGUGCCUCCCACUCUACUUCUACUCCUGUCAAAACUAUGCUUAGACUUUCGAAAUGGCAGUGUUCAUUUUUUGCUCUCUCAGACUGAUGAGGUGUUUCACAUAAAUUCCAAGCAGAAUGCUGCUCUGACCAAUGAGACUGAGAUAAAUAACACGAUGCAGGAGUCAGCACAAGAGUUGUUGAAUUAUUACGUUCGGAUACAAGGCUUGAACUGUUCCCAGAUGUUGCGAAAGAGCGUCGAAACGCGCGAUUGGUUGCAUACCAUCGAGCCGAGGACGGUUAGAGCAGUUAUGAAAAGGGUAGUUGAGGAUAUUUCAGCUAUUGACUCCACCGUGGCGCUGCUGUACGAAGACCAGGCCAAUGCGACAGAACACAGCAGUGAUUCCAGCAGAAAAACUCACAGUUUAUCAGUUUCAAGGCACCUGUAUCGUUCGAACUGGUCCAGCUAUACUCCGAAUCCUCUGGAUUCCACUUUAGUCUCCAAUAUGCACCGGAUAUUCAGCGAAAGAAUUGAAAUUUUUUCAACAGUCGAUUUCAGUAAGGUUUCCAUACUGACUGGCAUAAUUAAAAUUAGUUUGAAGACUUUUAUGGAGUGCGUCAGGCUGAAGACGUUCAGCAAAUAUGGGCUGCAGCAGAUUCAAGUGGACACGCACUAUUUGCAGUUGUAUCUGUGGAGAUUUGUCGCAGAUGAAAACUUGGUUCAUUUUCUAUUGGAUGAAAUAUUGGGAUCGGCAGUGCAUAGAUGCUUAGAGCCAGUUUUGAUGGAACCAAGUGUUGUUGAUAUUAUUUGUGAGAGAGGUUAAAUGUUAUUUUCC